AUGGAUCAAUACUUGGAGCUUCAGCGACGUAAAAUUUUGGCUAGCAGAAGCCAGCCAUAUCAAGUCCAGUCCAAUGUCGUGGCUGUUCGCGAGCCGACACGCAAGUCAUAUUCACCCACACCCACAUCGCCCGGCGAAGAUUCUGUCAAAAUCCAGACACUGGAGGAUGAGCUGAGAAAGCUUGCCGAGAGGCUUGCAGCAGUCGAAGCUCGGCCUGAGCCACGGAAUGAUUCUCCUACGAAGCAUACAAGAGAAAAAGAGGAUGCGGCAGCAAAGCACCGUAGGCGAUCAUCGAGCGUGGCAAGCUUCGUAGCUGUCGAGCCCACGAUACCUGAAUUGGAAGAAACGACACCAUCUGCAGAGAAGAGGGCUUCCGGGUCCAACUUCCUGUUUCAUUUUGAGAAUGAUACCAAUGCCAAAUCUCAACAGCAGCAUCUCACGCCGAAACGAUUGUGGGCAAUGUGGCAGCAAUACACAUCAAGUGUCGACCCUCUGCUGAAGGUUCUACACGUGCCUGCCGUUCAGCACCUCUUUCUAUCCACAGAUGAAGAGAAAGCGCAAGUCAGUCUGGACGCAGAGGCCCUGAAGUAUGCUAUUUGCUUUGCGGCUGCUGCAAGUCUGGAACAAUCAGCGCCAGAUGCCUCGUCUUGUCCGUCUGCCAGGCCACUUUCAAGCACCUAUGCUUGCCGUCUGGAGAGCACGCUCGCUAAAUCUGGAUUUAUGUCGAAGCCGACGAUUCAGGCCGUGCAGGCACUCGCGAUUUACUUGAUCUGUGGACAACAUUUUCUCGAUGCAAACUACGUUUGGUGCCUCACCGCCGUCCUCGUCCGGCUUGCAUUGAAACUCAAAACCAACCGAGAUCCCGAAACGCAAGGAUUGUCAUUUUUAGACUGCGAAUACCGGAGACGGCUUUGGUGGCACAUUUGUUCUCUUGAUGCUCGAGUUGCAGAGGUGAAUGGUACAGAUCCACUGGUGUACGAGCGACAAUGCACUUCGAGAUUUCCGGUGGGCAUACAAGACAGUGAAUUUGACUCUUUACAGGAUUUGGACGCCAAGAGGAACAGCCAGGCCCAUGCUCCGGACAUGUUUUUCGCAUUGUUGCGAUUCGAGACCACGUACUACAUGCGGACGGUCCUGUACUCGGAUGACUUCAUGGAGGACAAUGGCUGGCCAAUCCUACCUACAGAUGGCAAGCUAUCCAUAAUUGAGUCUCUUGAGAAGAUUCUGGAAGAGAAGUAUUGGUGUCGCUGUCAAUGCGGCUCCUCUGUAUGCAGACUCGCCAUUGCUUCAAGCAAGACGACCGUCGCCAGGCUCAAGCUCUCGGCAAUUAUGUCAGGUCGGGAUCUCACGCAGCUCUCGAACCAAGACAUGGAAGAGGUGAUGUCAGCGUCCGCGACCGUCCUCGAAAGCCUUCGCACGAUCAGAUCAGAGCCAGGCCUGUCACGCUGGAUGUGGCUGUGCCCGGCUUACGCAGAAUGGGACGCAGUAUCGGUCUGCCUAGCUGCACUUCUACUCGCCCGCUGGCGGUCAAAGGCUGCGACUCGUGCCUGGACGGCGGUCAAUACUUUCUUCGUGGCAUGGAAAGAGAGCUCGUACAAUCCAGAGCUGUACAAGCGCUGGAACAAGCUCGAAAAUUUGAAACUAAAAAUCGAGAAAUUGCAGCGACACCAAAGCAGCUCUCCUCUCCGCGACCAGAGCAAUUCCAGCCUUUACAGCUCCACCGCUUCACUCAUCGCACCAAACGAGCAGCGCCGAGGCUCUACCACGCCGAACAGCCCCAGUCCACUCAGUCCCGCUCAUAGCAAACUGAGUAGCGUUUCGAGCAAGAGCACCGGAUCUGUGAGGAGCGCAUUUGAGGAUCAGAAUUGGCCUUUGAGCAACGCCCUAGGCCAUGAAGAUGUGCAGUACGAUCUGAAGCUUUUUGCUUUGAUGAUCUAG